AUGGUGCAGAUCAGCGAAGUCAAGGGCGGUACGCGCGAGAACAGGACGAUGGCGCAUACGCAUAUCAAAGGCCUCGGUCUACGGUCAGAUGGCACCGCUGAGAGCGCGGCCGAUGGCUGGGUUGGCCAACCUACUGCCAGAGAAGCCUGUGGUGUCGUUGUCGAUUUGAUCAAAGCGAAAAAGAUGGCUGGUCGAGCAGUUCUUCUUGCUGGUGGUCCCGGUACUGGUAAAACAGCUCUCGCACUCUCCGUCUCUCAAGAGCUGGGAACCAAAGUCCCAUUCUGCCCUAUUGUCGGAAGUGAACUAUACUCUGCAGAGGUCAAAAAGACGGAAGCCUUGAUGGAAAACUUCCGGAGAGCUAUCGGACUGCGAGUUCGGGAGACGAAAGAAGUAUACGAAGGCGAAGUGACAGAACUCACUCCGGAGGAAGCAGAGAACCCGCUCGGCGGAUACGGCAAGACCAUCAGCCAUCUCAUAGUCGGCCUCAAAUCUUAUAAAGGCACAAAGAAACUUCGCCUCGACCCUAGCAUCUACGAGGCUAUCCAAAAGGAGCGUGUGACCGUUGGCGACGUCAUCUACAUUGAAGCAAACACAGGCGCAUGCAAGAGAGUUGGACGGUCAGAUGCAUAUGCCACCGAGUUCGAUCUUGAAGCAGAGGAAUACGUUCCUGUCCCCAAGGGCGAGGUCCACAAGAAGAAAGAAAUUGUGCAAGAUGUGACGCUCAAUGACCUAGACAUGGCCAAUGCUCGUCCCCAAGGAGGACAAGAUCUCAUGUCUAUGCUUGGUCAGCUUUCAAAACCAAAGAAGACAGAGGUAACUGAAAAGUUACGAGCCGAAAUAAAUAAGGUGGUGAGCAGGUACAUUGACCAAGGUGUAGCGGAACUGAUUCCGGGAGUCUUGUUCAUUGAUGAAGUCCACAUGCUUGAUAUCGAAUGUUUCACGUACCUAAACCGAGCGCUCGAGUCGCCCAUCGCUCCCAUUGUCAUACUUGCAUCCAACAGAGGAAACACUGUUAUCAAGGGCACAGGAGAUGUGACAGCUGCCCACGGAAUUCCUCCCGACCUGCUUGCCCGUCUUCUCAUCAUUCCUACGCACCCAUACAGUCCUGAUGAGAUCAAAACUAUCAUCCGCCUUCGAGCCAAGACAGAGAGCUUGAACAUCACCGAUCCUGCUCUCGACAAGAUCUCGGAGCAUGGCAGCAAAAUCAGCUUGCGUUACGCGCUACAGCUUCUAACGCCCGCUAGCAUUUUGGCGCGUGUCAACGGCCGUCCAGGCGGUAUCGAUGUCGCAGAUGUGGCAGAAUGCGAGGAUCUUUUUAUUGACGCCAAAAGAAGCGCAGCCAUCGUCAACCAAGGCAAUGGAAGCUUCUUGCCAUGA